AUGAAGCUGAAAUUACCAAACCCAGGACUGGAUGACCGAAUCCCGUCUCAUGAAGAUUUGGAAAGGAUGGAAACCGAGGAGGCUGGGGACAGGCCCAAAUGGGACAACAAAGCCCAGUACCUCCUCACCUGCGUGGGCUUCUGCGUGGGACUCGGUAACGUCUGGAGGUUCCCGUACCUGUGUCAAAGCCACGGAGGAGGAGCGUUUAUGAUCCCGUUCCUUAUCCUGUUGGUUCUGGAGGGAAUCCCGCUGCUGCACUUAGAGUUUGCCAUCGGUCAGCGCCUGAGAAAAGGCAGUGUGGGAGUGUGGAGAGCAAUCAACCCUUACCUGACUGGAGUUGGCAUUGCAUCGUUACUUGUCUCAUUUUUGGUCGGUAUGUAUUACAACACCAUCAUGGCCUGGAUCAUGUGGUACCUGUUCAACUCCUUUCAAGAUCCUCUGCCUUGGAGCCAGUGCCCUCUCAAUGCUAACAGCACAGGUUUAGUGGCUGAGUGCGCACGGAGCACCACUGUUGACUACUUCUGGUACAGAGAGACUCUGAACACUUCAGCAGCCAUUGAUGACGCUGGAGGUUUGCAGUGGUGGAUGGUGCUGGCCCUGUUCGCUGCCUGGACUCUGCUGUAUGUGUGCUGCAUUCGUGGCAUUGAGACUUCUGGCAAGGCUGUCUACAUCACCUCCACUCUCCCAUAUCUUGUCCUCACAAUCUUUCUCAUCAGAGGACUGACUCUCAAAGGCUCUACACAGGGAAUAAAGUACCUCUUCACACCAGAUGUGGAUGAGUUAAUGAAUCCACAGACUUGGUUGGAUGCAGGAGCUCAGGUUUUCUACUCCUUCUCCGUGGCUUUCGGGGGCCUCAUUUCUUUCUCCAGUUACAACUCUGUUCACAACAACUGUGAGCAAGACGCCGUUCUCAUCUCCAUCAUCAAUGGCUGCACCUCGGUGUACUCUGCAACGGUGAUCUACUCCAUCAUCGGUUUCAGAGCAACGCAGAAAUUUGAUGAAUGCCAGGGAGAUAACAUCCUGCAUCUCAUCAAUGCCUUUGACUACCCUGAAAACUCCAUCACAAUAGACAACUACGAUCAGGUUCUGACCGGCCUAAAUCAGACAAAUCCAGAUAUCAUCCAAGGUUUGCCGUUAAAAACCUGCGACAUGGAGACUUUACUCAGUCAGGGUGUGGAGGGAACGGGCCUGGCCUUCAUCGUGUUCACAGAGGCCAUCAUCAAGAUGCCUGUUUCGCCUCUCUGGGCAGUCCUCUUUUUCAUCAUGCUUUUCUGUCUCGGCCUUUCGACUAUGUUUGGGAGCAUUGAGGGAGUGGUGGUUCCCCUUCAAGACCUUAGAAUUCUUCCCCAAACUUGGCCCAAAGAAGUUUUUACUGGUCUUACUUGCUUAAUAUCCUUUGCUCUUGGGCUCAUAUUCACACUACGCUCUGGGAACUACUGGCUAGCUCUUUUUGACAACUUUGCAGGCUCAAUCCCCCUCCUAGUCAUCGGAUUCUGUGAAAUGUUUGCUGUUAUCUACAUCUAUGGGAUUGAUAGGUUCAAUAAGGACAUUGAAUUUAUGGUUGGCCACAAGCCCAAUAUUUUCUGGCAGGCAACAUGGAGAGUGAUUAGCCCAGUCAUUAUGAUCUUCAUCCUAAUUUUCUACUUUGUUACCCAAGUCACCAAAGAUUUAACCUAUCUGGUGUGGGACGAGGAAGCGGCGAGCUUUCCCGUACUGGAAGCACGUCCCUAUCCCUCUUGGAUCUACGUCAUCAUCUUUAUCCUUGCUGGAAUUCCCAGUCUGGCCAUCCCCAUUUUUGCCCUCUUUAAAUUUUUCCAGAGGAAGUGCUGCAAGGACAAAAGCUACAAAGAUCACCCAGUGGACACUAUCUCUGCCAAAAUAGAAAUGAACGGCAAAGCAAAGUUCUAG